AUGGCCAUCUCAAUCAUAGACUUUGCUCAACGUUCCCAAAAACCUUGGAUAAGCAACGAAACUAUAGAGAAAAUGACACACCGGAAACUUCUACGCAACACUCUGCUACGGGCAAAAUCAAGUGUUACUAAAAUCGCGGCCAGGACUGAAUAUCGUGCCUCCGCCUCGCUGGUCAAACGCCUAUCUGCAGAACUUAAUACACUCCUAUUCCUUUUAUUCGCCGACUUCGAUCGUGCUUUUACCACAGUUUCGCGAAGUUCAAUGUGUAGUACGCGGUUGAAUAAGGGCAUCCCUGAAAAAAUUACGGGCACUUGCCAGGCCAGUACCCCUGUCGAAAGUGCUAUACUUGAUUCUCGCUGCUAUCUGGAGGGUGGUGGCUCAGCCGAAAGUUUUCUGGCCAGUGAAGAUCUGGACAUUGGCAACAUAAUUGGAAAGCUACGCAUUAAUGGUGAUCCAGAUCUGGAGGAAGGUGAUAUCAAUUUAAGUUUAAGAGAAAAAGAUGCUCCCGUAGAAAUUGUGCCAGGCACCAAAGAUUUGGCUUUAGCCGUUGAAUUGGACAAGGAGGGCAAGAAUGGUCCCUCCUCCAUCUAUGUGAAUGUGAUUUGCAUACGACGCCAUUCCACAGACCCGAGCUUCGUUAUACCUGUCAAUGUUCGAGUGACCGAUAUCAACGAUAAUGCUCCACAAUGGAUUGGCACACCCUAUACGCUAACCCUCUCCGAGGUUACAGUGCCGGGCACAAGAAUUUUGCAAGGUGCCAAAGCUGAAGAUGCCGAUCAGCAGGGGCCCUUUUCCACCGUGGAAUAUCAAGUAUUGCCGGGUCCCUACUCAGAGUAUGUGCAAUUUUUGAAUCCUUUGGAAGGUACCCUGGUGCUAAAGAAACCUUUGGAUUAUGAACAAAUGCAAAAUUUCACCGUACAACUAAGAGCCCAGGAUCAAGGAACGCCUCCAAAAUUUUCAGACACAAUCUUGAGGGUAGUCAUAACAGAUGCUGAUGAUCAAAAUCCCAAAUUUUUAAGAGAAACCUAUAGUGCUGAUCUGCCUCCUGAUGGUAGGCCGGGGGAUUUGCGCAUAAGACCCGAGCCCCUGAAGGCCAUCGAUCAAGACGAGGGCAUAUGUGCUCCCAUACAAUAUUCGGUGGUGCAGUCACAGGAUACCAAAUAUUUUCGUAUACAUCCGCACAAUGGGGCCAUAACACUGCUGACGCCCAUUGGCUAUUCGGAUCUCACCAAUGGUGCCACCCUGGUGGUUAAGGCCACACAAAUAGACAAUCCCGAUCGUUAUGCUUUGGCCACGGUGACUUUAUCACGUCCCGGAGUGGGUACUCACAGUGAUUUGAGUGCUUUGAGUUUUGUGCAAAAGAAAUUUUUCAUGCGCAUACGUGAGGAUACUGCAGUGGGCAAUAGAAUCUUGGCCUUGCCAACCAAUAAGCCGGGGAAACAUUUGAAAUAUACCAUAGCUGAUCCGGUGAAUGCGGAAUUCUUCAAUGUGGGCUCUUUGGGGGAACUGAUAUUGGCCAAGCCUUUGGAUUAUGAGAAAAUGACAAAGCAUGACUUUCAAGUUUAUGCCACAGAUGGAAUGACCAAUACAACGGCCGAAAUUACAUUGGAGAUUAUAGAUGUCAAUGAUUGGGAGCCAAGGUUUAGGGAGACUCACUAUGAGUUUGUGGUGCCAAAAAGUCAAUCCCUUCAAUCCCGUACUGAUUCUUUGGAAGGCGUGGUUAUUGGCAAAAUCGAGGCAGCCGAUGGUGAUCGCAACGAUAAACUGGAAUUGUCACUACGAGGCCAGCAUGCUGGGCUCUUUGAAAUCGAUAAUACAGGCAAUAUUUAUAUGAGACCAGAGCAAUUACAAUCCCUCAAUGAAUCCACUAUACAUCUCAUAGCCAUAGCCACCGAUACGGGAGUACCACCGCGCAGCACUUCAGUACCCGUUUCGGUGACCAUGGAGGGAGUGGCAGUGGCCCAGGCCUUCUGGAGCAAUAGCAUACUAGGCAUGUUUGCCGUUAUAGUUGCCCUCUUCAUUAUCAUCAUUCUAGCCUUGACCUGCUACAUUGUGCGUUACAAAAGUAAGGCGAGAAAAACUUCUCCAACCUUGGGACGCAAUCGGGUGCACAGUCAUGGCCAUAGUACCGUAUCAUCGGCAAAUUUGGUUACCCAUGAGAAAGUAGUGGGAAAUGGCAAUGGAGCUACUGUGACAAGUGGCAAUGUCUCGGUGUUGCAUAUGAAACAUAAUGGCAAUAUUUCUAUGGCCAAUCCCAUAGGUAAUGGGGGCUACCAUCCGGCUAGCAGUAACAUGGGUUUAGGAGCCUCCGCCAUGUUGGCGGCAAGUUUGGAGAGAGAACGUGAAAGAGAAAGACAAAGAGAGAAUUAUGCAGCCACAGUUAGAAGCAUAGUCUCUCGUGCCUCAGCCAAUGGUCAACUGUAUGAAGAGGAUGAAAUCGAACAUGAUUCUCUUUCACAUUCAGCCCCCCAUACAGCAGAUAAUAAUAACAGAAAGAAAGCUUGGGAACCGCCACCAACAGCAAUGUCCCAGCAGACUGGCAUAACAACCAUAACAUGUGCGAAUGGCAGCAUUACAAAUGUAGGAGUCAAUGGCCCAACGACGGGGCACAGCAAUCUGGCAACAUCGGAUACCAUGGGCUCGUCGGAGAAUAAUUUAACGGUUUAUUUUUGA